GGAAAACAGAAAAUAGAAAUUAGAAAUUCCUUGGCCUGGAAGCCGACAGUCAGUUGGAAAUUCCGGGAGCCUUCUGUCAAAAGCCGGAGGUUUGACCUUCUGCUCUAAGCAAAACCUAGGGGCGUCCACGACAGGCAAAGGGCAGGGAAGAGGAGAACAUUUUUUUAAAGCAUACGGAAUGAGGAAAGAGAAAGAGAAAAGAAUUCUCUCGUGGAUGCCUUGAACUUGGCAGCCUCCUCUAGCCCUGCAAUUCUGCAAGUGGAGGCCGGGUUCCAAUGCAGCAGAAUCACCUGGGGGCUUGUGUUAAAAUGCGUAUUCCCGGGCCCAGCCCAGCCAUGUGGCAGAACCCAGGAAACUGCAUUUUAGCCAGUGUAUAUCUGAUCCAGGCUCAGGUUGGAAACACCAGCAUGGCAACACGUCCUUUUACAGGCCAGACACCAGAAGCCGUAGAGGGGAAGUCACUGCUCAAGGUAAUGGUCCCGGGUCCAGGCCUGCCCCUCUGAGGAUGGUGUUUGCACAUAGGCAUGGCACUCCAUUCUUUCCAUGUAAAAUUCAGCCUUUGGGCUGCUCUGGACUAGGACUACGCCCAAUUGCUCCUCGCAUGGCCUCCUGUGCUUUGGUGUGGAUUUGUUCUCUCCCUGCAUUUCUCUAUUUGCUAUUUUAAAAUGUAUAAUGAGUUCCUGCCCAGAGAGGAAGAAUAAAGAAGCAGCCUUGGCUUUGAAAUCCAGGCCCGGAACCCCAACUCCUCGGCUUCCUGGCUGGGCUCCAUCUUGGCUAAGUUCCCCCGGCCCUCUGGGGAGGUUUUGGGAAGCUCAGGGUCCAGACACCCACCCACACCUCACCCACACACCCAGCACUCAGGCUUCUCCCCCCAACUGACUCAGCCUAUUCUCUCGCACAUCCUGGAAAACGACUUCAGACUCGGGCUGGCCCUCAUUCUGACCUAAAUCCUGAAUUUUAGCCUUUAGCUGGGAUUUGGUUCCAUGACAAGCUAGAGGUCAUGCAGCAGCUAACCAGGGGCAUCGGAGAGCACUCAGGCUUUAGAGUCUGGUUUGAAUCCCGACUCUGCUGUGUGACCUUGGGCAAGUUGCCUGCCCUCUCUGAGGCUGUUUCCUUGCCUGGAGGAAUUAGCACCACCUCUCUCCUGGGCUGCUAUGAGGAGUGAAUGAGAGCAUGCAGGCAGCAUGGUCAGCACAGAGCCAAGCACACAGCAAGCUCUUGGUGCCAGGAGCAGCUGUUACUAAGAGGCCUGGUCCAGGUGGGGCGCUGGGGCAGGAGCUGGCUUCACUCCUACCACCAAACUACGCUGGCAUCAGACACUGAGUCAGGGAGGCCUGACUUUACUCAUUCCCCUGAUCUACAGGCCUGCUCAGCUCCAGGGCCCACAGAGGGGCUUCUAAGCAAUGCCAGGAAAUCGUAGCCAUGGUUUCCACCCUGGGGGAGCUUACAAUCUAAUAAAGGCAACCUGGGGCCUCAGAAUAGAAGCUUCCCAAAAUAGUGUGUCUGCGAGCUGGUCUCUCAGUGCUGCCUGGCAGGAGGUGCCAGGUAAGGAGGGAUUGAGUAUAGUCCUGGGCCUUCCUGCCAGCUCUGCCUCUCCACAGCCCCCACCCCUGCCUCCCCCCAGCCUGGCAGGGAGGGCCCUGCCCAGUCCUCAUCUCUGUGCUUUGGCAAGAUAAACUGAAAUUAUCCAGCAUGGAUGAAGGUUAGGCCAACAGUUUCCUGAUUUAAAGGGCCACAUGUGGAGGGUUCUGAAAGUUUAAGAUUUAAGGAUGCAAUGAGCUGGCCAGUGGGGAGCUGCUGAGAACUUUCUCAUAACUGAACCUGCUUUUCUUACCUAAGAGCCCACACUGAGGUUAAACUUUAACAGAGGCAACUGCCCCUUUCAUAUUUCCUCCAGUAACAUCACAGCAUUGCAUCUUAUUAUUAUUUUUUUAAAGCUACUUGACCUCUCACUCUUGGUGCUGGAGAACCAGGGCACUUCAGACACCCCCACACAGCCUAGGUACAGUGAGCUGUAUCCCCCGAUGUCCCCUCUCCAGAGUGGUAGGGCGUCCACCCCGUCAGUCCUGGAAGCAGGGUAAAGAGGAGCUUCUUAGAAGCAUCUGGGUCAUCUCAAGACUGACUCGUCUGAUUGCUGGACAGCCGCCCACACCCACCUGGCCAGAGAGGUGAGCAAGGGCAGGUCUGGUGGCCCGGGGUCCUGCGUUUGCUAGUGGUUCCCUGCAGCAGGCCAGACACUCACCGGGUUGCCGACUCCCAAAGAGACUUGCCCUAGGCGCUGACCGUCCUGGCCAUGGCGUUCGCUGAGCUCUUGGAGCGAGCUGGGGGCGUGGGCCUCUUCCAGACCCUACAGGUCUUCACUCUCCUCCUCUCCUCCAUCUUCGUACCCUUCCAAAUACUUGUGGACAACUUCUCGGCCGCCGUGCCCAGCCACCGCUGCUGGGUGCCCCUCCUGGACAACAGCACCGCCCAGGCCAGCGACCCUGGUGCCCUGGGCCCCGAGGCCCUCCUGGCCGUGUCCAUCCCACUGGGUCCCAACCAGGAGCCCCACCAGUGUCGCCGCUUCCGCCAUCCACAGUGGCAGCUCCUGGACCCCAACACCACGGCCACCAACUGGAGCGAGGCUGCCACGGAGCCGUGUGUGGACGGCUGGGUCUACGACCGCAGCACCUUCACCUCCACCAUCGUGGCUGAGUGGGGCCUGGUGUGUGAUAGCCAGAGUCUGAAGCCCAUGGGCCAGGCCUUCUUCAUGGCCGGGACCCUGCUGGGGUCCUUCACCUGGGGCCUCCUCUCCUACUGGUUUGGGCGGAAGCCAAUGCUGUGCUGGCGCUGCCUGCAGGUGGCUGUGGCCAGCACCAGCACCAUCUUUGCCCCCAAUUUCCUGAUCUAUUAUGGCCUCCGUGUUUUGAGCGCUUUUGGAUUGGCCGGCAUCGUCCUGACCACUACGACACUCUUGGUGGAGUGGACCACAAUCCGCAGGAGGGAUUUCACCAUGAUGAUACUGGGAUGCACCUACAGCUUGGGCCAGAUGGCCCUGGGUGGUCUGGCCUUCACCCUGCGGGACUGGCGAGUCCUCCAGCUGGCCGUGUCAAUACCUUUGUUUGCCAUCUUCCUGAUAUCCUGGUGGCUGCCAGAGUCUGCACGAUGGUUAAUUAUUACAGGAAAAGCAGACCGAGCACUUCGGGAACUCAGAAAGGUGGCCAGGAUAAAUGGCCACAAGGAAGUCAAAAAGACGCUGACCAUGGAGGUGCUGAUGUCCAGCAUGGAGGAAGAGGUGGCCUCUGCAAGGGCCCACAAGUCGGUGCUGGAACUGUUUCGCGUGCCUACCCUCCGCUGGAGAAGCUGCUGUCUGUGCGUAACAAGUUUCUCCAUCAUGUUUUCUUACUACGGAUUGGUCCUCGACCUGCAGAACCUGGGGAGUGACAUCUUCCUCCUCCAGGUCCUCUUCGGAGCAGUGGAUUUCCUGGGCCGGGCCGCCAACACCUUCUUGCUGCGGUUCUUUGGCCGCCGUGUGGUCCUGGCCAGUUUCCAGACCUUGACUGGCCUCUCCUUUCUAGCCAACAUACUGGUCCCACAAGACUUCCAGACCCUGCGUGUGGGCUUCGCUGUACUGGGAAAGGGAUGUUUUGGUGUAAGCUUUACCUGCUUUGCUGUCUACAAACCUGAACUUUUCCCAACUUCACUGCGGAUGACGGCAGAUGGUUUCCUGCACUCAGUAGGUCAGCUAGGGGCUGUGAUGAGCCCUCUGAUCAGAAUGACCCGCCAGGCCGUGCCCUUGCUGACCCCCCUCGCCUACGGUGUUACCCCCAUCGCUUCCAGCCUCAUUCUCCUGCUAUUCCUCCCAGAGACCCGAGGACUUCCACUCCCUGACACCAUCCAGGACCUGGAGAAGCAGAGACCAGGAGCAGCCACGGGCAACCGGCGAGAGGCGGUCAUUACAGAGACCACUCGGUUCUAGAAGUUCUGCUUGUGUGAAGCCCCACUGGCCAAAGAUCCCUAUGGAGGGAAUUGCCUCAUCUCCAGAGGGUGGAAGCCUUGAGGUUUUGGCAUGGCAGGGGCCAGGCAGCCAUCUGCUGCUCUCCCUACCCUGGUCAGACUCUCCGCCCACCUCAGCCCUACAGGAGCUCACUAGGCUGCCCUCAGGUCCACUUCAUUAACAAGAUGGGUCCCCUCCCUUCCCUGCCAGUCUCACAUCUUCUUAUCUUCACUCAGCCCCCCAACCCCCAUUUCACAGAACUUGGCUCUGACAGCUUUCUCACCUCCAAACUUCCAGAAUAGAUCACAGGACACACAAGGGCAGGGUCCAGACAGACCUGGGUUCCAAUCCCUUCCCCACCACUUGCAGAGUCCUCAUCUGCAAAAUCAGAAUGAUCAUGGAAACUACCUUCCAGGGUGGGUGACAGGGCUGAUGGGUCUUAGCACAGACCAGAGUCCAACAAAUAGAACUGCUAACAGAACGGCCACAUACGGGUGUCCAAGUCGUGCCCUGCCCCAAGGCCCCAGCUAAGGAGGCAUGUGGGGGCUGAAAUCCAGGCAACACUUACCCUAAACAGGGUUUGUGCUCACUCCAAGAAAAGGGUUAUUUUAAUCGCUUCCUAUUUACCCCACUGGUGGUGGAGGGUUUCCUGCCCUGUGGUUACCAAGAUAGCCUAACGCACAAUACUUGACACUGUACAGAUGAGAUGGGCUACACUUUAUCAGUCACAUGUACUCACAGCUGGGGCAGGACAACACCGAUUACCAUGCAGGGUCAUGUAGGGACAGUGUACCACCAAGGGCUGUGGGAGGAGGUUUUGUAGGAUCAAGGGGAUGGGGUGCCUUCUGGUUACCAUGGGAAGAUGUGAUGGGCUUAUUUGAAUAAUUCCACAGGUUGGCAGGAAACUGAAACACACUUUUUAGGGAUAAUAAGAACUUAGGGAUUGAUAAGAAGUGUGGUUUGGCUAAGGGACCUCAUCCACAGGAACAGAAUGGGGAGGAAAAUUCGAAGUCAGGCCAUUCGAGACCAUCCUGGCUUCACCAGAUGUCAAGGAGAACAUAAGACUGGGCCUUAAUUUUAGGUAGGCCCUAUAGCACAGGGACACCUUUUAGUUACUUGUCUGUCUCAAAGGGUCACCUUUUCCUAAUUCGUGCAGAGACCCUCCCUGUGCCAGCAACAGUCCAGGCUGUUAAAACUAUGGGAUUAUUAAAGCUGACCACCUAUUUUAGACGUGAGGAAACUAAAGCCCAGAGAAGUAAAGUGACAUGCUUGGAGUCACAUGGUGAACCCUGGCCUGACUCUUUCCAGAAUACCAAGCUCCUCCCCUUCACUUACUCCACUCUGUGCCCCAAUAUCUGCAGCCCUGUCACAAAGUUACACCCUUCCCUGGAGAUCCAGAUACUUUAGACAACUGCCCACUCUCCUUGGAUGACUCAGGGAAACCUCAAGCUUCAGGUAACUCAUCCCAAACAUCCCAAUUCCCUUCUCGCACAUUUGAUGCACACCAGACCAAUCAAACACAGUUCAGAUCAACUCCUUGGUCUGCUUAAAACGCUCUUGUGGGGCCGGCCGAGUGACGCGAUGGUUAAGAACUGGCUUAGGACGCCAGAGGGCCCCAGUUCAGAUCCCACA